UGGAGCGGUUGGCGGCGCGCCGCCUGUCACUGACGCCGCAGGCUUAUCUGCCGCCGGCCGGGCUGCCGGCGCUCCGAAUCCUGGACGUCAGCUUCUCGGACGGCGUGACGGAUGCGACGCUUCUGCACCUGGUCGACCUGGCGCCCGGGCUGCACACGCUCCAUAUGCAGGGCUGCUCGCUGCCCACCGAGAACGGUCUGGCGCUGCUGCGCCGGCUCAAAGAGCUACACGUGCUCGACCUGAGCUACGUCCGCGCCGUCUCCGACGCGUUGCUGGACCGGCUGCACGGGAAGGCCCUGACCGAGCUGCACCUGGCCGAGGGACACUCGGGCCCGGCCGCGUUCUCGACGGCCGGCGUCACCCGGCUGGUGCUCGGCUGUCCGGCGCUCACCCUGCUCGACCUCAGCUGUGUGGAGAGCGUCGGCGCUGAGCUGGUCGACCAGCUGGCGCGCCAGCUGCCCCACAGCCGUGACGUCACACUCUACGUGGGCGGGACGGACCUGCAGGAGCUGCCGCCACCGCCGCCGCCCGGCCAUCUCCGGCUGGUCGAUACCAACACCGUGCCGCUGCACAUGCGUGGCAUCAUAGAUGACAUGCUCUGGAGCGACGACGACAGCUACAGCGCCCAGGACCCGGACGAUUGGGACAUCGGUGAUAUGUAUGACAGCAGCUGUGAGGAAUACUAUGAUUACGAGGACCCAUUCUACGACGACCACGACCUGUAUUGAUGUUCUCCGAUGCAAGGUGCCGGGGCCCAGUGUAUCGUCGUGGCAGAUGACGGGCGGGGCCGGGUCGCCG